AUGAGCGAAAUCAUUCUCAGCUAUCACGAUUCUCUCCUUCGCAAGUCCGACUGCAAACUGCUGCGUGGCAAUCAGUGGAUCAACGACAAUAUAAUUGAGUUUUACUUUGAGUACCUCUCCAAUGACCUGUUCAAGGGCAAGAACCUGUUGGCCAUCGGUCCGUCUUUUGCGCAGCUGAUAAAGCUGACCGACAGCGCCGAGGAGAUGAAGGAGCUGCUAAUGCCGCUUGAGAUCGAGAAGAAGGACCUGGUGCUCAUUCCCAUCAACAACCACGAAGAUUCGACGGAGGCGGGCGGCAGUCACUGGUCGCUGUUGGUUCUCUACGUUGGCAGUCUCAAGUUUGAACAUUACGAUUCUCUGAUGCACAGCAGCAAUGUGUGUCACGCCAAGCAGAUAGCGGCCAAGCUAAAUCGGCUGUUACGUGGAGACACACUGGACUUGGUUAUCAUGACUUGCAAUCAGCAGAUAGACGGCUACAACUGCGGCAUUCAUGUCAUAUGCAAUGCCAGGGCAGUCUGCAAGAAGCACUUUCUCCACGAUACACGUCAUGUACGAGAUAUCGCCACUGAGAAGGCCGUCAGAGGCUGCCGCGACCAGCUGCUCCUCCUGAUCGAACGGCUCAGGGAGGAAGCCACAGCAGCAGCGGGAGAACUUCACCAAUCCUAG